ACGAGGUGUCACAGGUCGUGAAUAGAGUAAGCUGCAAUCACAAACUGGAUCGGAUACAAAUACCACUGCACCUUAGUUUUGAAUCAACUGUUGCAAAUAUGGCUUCGAAAAGAGACCUGACCGAUCGUAGUGGAGAAAGUAUGAUUGUCAACUGCUACAAAGGAUGCUAUUUCUACCGGGGAGGAUUUCCCAUACCGUUUGACGAGCACAUGAAACGGGUUGAGGACAUGGAGCUGCGAUCUGAUGAUGUUGUGCUUUGCAGUUAUCCUAAAUCAGGAACACACUGGCUGUGGGAGGUGAUAAGCAUGAUAGUACAUGAAGAUCUCGAAUACAGAGAGAAAGUGCGUGGUAUGGACAUGCUGGACUUCUCACCAAUGAGUCUUCUGGACUCCAUCAAAUCUCCCAGGGUGCUCGGCUGUCAUUUCCGUUUCCAGUUUCUCCCCAAAGAGGUUUUAACGAAGAAGUCUAAAGUUAUAUACGUUCUCCGUGACCCCAAAGCUGUUGCAGUUUCCUUCUACAAUAUGGAAUUUGGUAUGAAAACAGUAAGGAGCUAUGAUGGACAUGUUCCUGUCAAAGAGUAUAAUGGCAAGUGGGAGGACUAUCUGGAAUUGUUCCUCAAUGGCGACGUGGAGUAUGGAUCUUGGUUCGACCACACUCUGGGGUGGCAACAAGCAAUAGAAGAUAAUCCCGAUCUGGAAAUAUUCCUGUUGAAAUAUGAAGACAUGAAACAUGAUCCUGUUUCAUCGAUACAAAAACUAAGCAAAUAUUUAGAUAAACCAUGUAAUGUGGAGAGAGCGCAGGCGAUUGCGGACGCCUGCAGCUUUUCCAACAUCAAGAAAGUCAGUUCAGGAACCAAGGCUGAUGGCGUUGGAUGGAAGGAAGGGGGAUAUGUUCAGGAAGGGUGA